AUGGGCCGUCCGUGCGCGCUGGCUCUCGCUGUGGUCUCGGCCUUGUUGUGUCAGGUCUGGAGUUCUGGCGUGUUCGAGCUGAAGCUUCAGGAGUUCGUGAACAAGAAGGGGCCGCUGGGGAACCGCAAUUGUUGUAGAGGCGUGGCGGGGGGCGUGGGGCCCCCGCAGUGCGAAUGCAGGACCUUCUUCCGCGUGUGCCUCAAGCACUACCAAGCCAGCGUGUCCCCAGAGCCACCCUGCACCUAUGGCAGCGCCGUCACGCCUGUCCUGGGCGUCGAUUCCUUCAGCCUGCCAGACGGCGCCGACGGCGGCCACGCGGCUUUCAGCAACCCCAUCCGCUUCCCCUUCGGUUUCACCUGGCCGGGCACUUUCUCUCUGAUCAUUGAAGCUCUCCACACGGACUCUCCUGAUGACCUCACAACAGAGAACCCGGAGCGACUUAUCAGUCGCCUGGCCACGCAGCGGCACCUGACAGUAGGUGAGGAGUGGUCCCAGGACCUGCACAGCAGUGGCCGCACGGACCUCAAGUAUGCCUACCGCUUCGUGUGCGAUGACCAUUACUAUGGGGAGGGUUGUUCCGUCUUCUGCCGGCCCCGGGACGACGCGUUUGGCCACUUCACCUGCGGGGAGAGAGGAGAGAAGGCCUGCAAUCCCGGCUGGAAGGGCCAGUACUGCACAGAGCCGAUCUGCCUGCCGGGCUGCGAUGACCAACACGGGGUCUGCGACAGGCCAGGGGAGUGCAAGUGCAGGGUCGGUUGGCAGGGCCGGUACUGUGACCAGUGCAUUCGGUACCCCGGCUGCCUCCAUGGCACCUGCCAACAGCCGUGGCAGUGCAACUGUCAGGAGGGCUGGGGCGGCCUCUUCUGCAACCAGGAUCUCAACUACUGCACCCACCAUAAACCCUGCCAGAAUGGAGCUGCCUGCACCAACACGGGCCAGGGCAGCUACACAUGUUCCUGCCGGCCCGGGUACACGGGCGCCAACUGCGAGAUUGAGGUCAAUGAGUGCGACGCUGGCCCGUGUAAGAACCGAGGAAGCUGCACAGAUCUUGAAAACAGCUACUCCUGCACGUGCCCACCUGGUUUCUACGGGCAACACUGUGAGCUGAGCGCCAUGACAUGUGCCGACGGCCCUUGUUUUAAUGGGGGGCGGUGUUCGGACAACCCAGACGGGGGCUACAUCUGCCACUGCCCGGUGGGCUAUUCGGGCUUUAACUGUGAGAAGAAAAUCGACCCGUGCGGCUCGUCACCGUGCUCCAACGGGGCGCAGUGUCUGGACCUGGGCAGUUCCUACCUGUGCCGGUGUCCGGCAGGCUUCUCGGGCCGGCACUGCGAUGGCAAUGUGGACGACUGUGCGUCCCUGCCCUGCGUGAACGGUGGUACCUGCCAGGAUGGCGUCAAUGACUACUCCUGCACCUGCCCCCCGGGCUACACGGGCAAGAACUGCAGUGCCCCAGUCAGCAGGUGUGAGCAUGGGCCAUGCCACAACGGAGCCACCUGCCACGAGAGGGGUCGCCGCUAUGUGUGUGAGUGUGCACGUGGCUACGGCGGCCCCAACUGCCAGUUCCUGCUGCCAGACCCAGGGCCUGUGGUGGUGGACCUCACCGAGCGCUACCGGGAGCCAAGUGUCCAGUUCCCCUGGAUUGCUGUGGGCGCGGGCGUCGUGCUGGUCUUGCUACUAUUGCUGGGCUGCGCGGCUGUGGGUGUCUGUGUGCGCUUGAAGGCGCAGAAGCGGCGACUGCCCGGCGACACGUGUCGGGCCGAGGCAGAGACCAUGAACAACCUGGCCAGCUGCCAGCGUGAGAAGGACGUGUCUGUCAGUGUCAUAGGGGGCCCGCAGAUCAAGAACACCAACAAGAAGGUGGACGUGCAUGGUGACCACAGUGCCGACAAAGGUGGCUUCAAGGCCCGCUACCCAGCUGUGGACUACAACCUGGUGCAGGACCUGAAGACGGAGGAGCCUGCCAGGGACGCCCACAGCAAGCGUGAUGCCAGGCCAGAGCUCCACAGCUGCUCGGGCUUGGAGAAGGGUCCUGUGACACUCAGGGGCAGAGAAACAUCGGAGCGGAGAAGGCCAGACUCCACAUCCUCCACGUCGAAAGAAACCAAGUACCAGUCGGUGUAUGUCAUCUCUGAGGAGAAGGACGAGUGUGUCAUCGCGACUGAGGUUCGUCUGGAGUUUCGGCCUUUGGUGUUAGGCGUCAGGGCUUGGUAUGGGGUUAGCGAGCACCUGCAGGCAGCCCACCCCAGGCAAGCGCUCGCGGACACGUGUUGCACUGCCUCGAACUCCCUGUUGCACUAUGGACAGUUGCUUUUAAAAGAUUUAUAUUUAAUGGACGGACUGACUUACGACUGA